AUGUCCGCUGCAAUCUUUGGCGUCUCCAAUUUCGCGGUGACCACUGCUGCCUCCAAAACGGCUUCGGAAGCGCGAAGCCGAUCGUUGGCUUUAUACAGAAAAUGGCAAAAAUCGGUUCCUGAAAUUAUCAAGAUUCACGAACUGAAUCUUCCUUCGGCUGUUGUUCGUGCCAAGAUUCGCGAAGAAUUCGAAAAGAACCGCUACGUGGAAGAUAUCGGUGUGACGGAUGUUUUGUUGGCUAAAGGCCAGAUGGAAUAUCAAGAAACCAUGAAUGUAUGGAAGCAAACCAACCACAUCAUGAACUACUUUUCCAAGGAUGAAGCAGCACCCAAACCUACCACUUUCCUCGAAAAGUUCUACGAAGGCAGAUUUUAG